GAAGGGAAGGACAACACGGAAGUGCUGAAGGCUGAAAGACCUUAAUUCAAGGGAAGGUUGUUCUCCGGCGAGGGAUGGAGGGAAGUCCUAUUUUUUUUUCCAGAAAAUUUUAUCACCCAAUGCACCCAAGGCAACAUCUAAUAUCCACAGUGAAGAUCUCAGAGUCCAUCGCCGGAGCGGAACGGACGUUUAUCUCGGAAGCGCACGUUUGUACCUUUGAACAGAACAAGACCAUGAGCUGAAGUACCACCUUCCUGUAUUAUCCCGCAAUGAACGACAAGCUGCUCUUCCUUGGUCUGCUGUACUUUGUGCAGGGCAUCCCAUAUGGCUUGCAGUCCUCGCUUCUUCCGGUCUACCUUCGUAGCACGGGCCAAUCGCUGACCCGCAUUUCGCUCGCCAAGGUACUUUAUUUCCCCUGGGUGCUAAAGGUGCUCUGGGCGCCCCUGGUUGACCGUGCAGGUACUAAGCGACGCUGGUUGGCAUCGACGGUUGGUGGAUUAGCCCUUGUGUGUCUGGCGGGCGCGACGCUGUCACCUGAGCUACAGCAGGGUGGUGUCGCGGGUGUGCUUCUGGCUAUGAACACGCUGGCAGCGGUGCAGGACGUGGCGGUGGACGGGGCAGCCGUGAGACUCUUGCGUGGUGCCGCCGAGCUCGGCCUGGGCAACACGGCGCAGGUGGUGGGCUAUAAAGCGGGCUCGGUGUUUGCUGGAGGUGGCCUGCUUGCCGUCAUUGACGUAGUCGGAUGGGGGUGGACGUUUACACUGCUGUCUUGCGUAUACGGAGGAGUGGCGUUGUUUGUAUGCGGUGUGAAUGUACUGGACGGCGAAGCAGGCCGGGCCCCCGGAGAGGCAAGAAGGGUCACAAGGGACUCCGCAAGACCGUGGUUUAUUUGGAGGAAGUUGAUGGACGUGCCAGGGACGCCAUGGACCAUGCUGUACGUGCUUACUUAUAAGCUAGGUGAACAGGGUGCCAUCACUAUGUUCCCACUCUUCUUGUUGGAUCACCACAUGACUUCGCGAGAGCUCGGCCUGUGGAACGGCGUGGUCGCCAUGGCCUUCUCUAUUUGCGGCUCCUCCCUGGGAGGCUUUUUACUCUCAAAGUACAGCAUCAGCAUGUUAAUGAGGCGUGUGUUCGUGAUGAGGACCCUCGGCAUGGUCUUCCAGUGUUCGCUACUCACGGUGCUCGAGCCCUCUCCUCUAAUGAAAGUCACGGCGGUGCUGAGUCUAAGCAUUCAGCACUUCAUCGCAGGGCUCAUCACUACGCUCACCUUCACCUGUAUGAUGCACUGCACCCAGAAAGCCGAGGAGAGUAUCCAGGCGACGCACUACAGUUUCUUGGCUACCCUGGAGGUGUUGGGGAAGCUGUGCUUCAGCGCACUGGCCGGCGCCAUAGUGGACACGGUGGGCUUCCCUAUUGCCUUCCUCCUCUUCCUCUUCCUCACCUCUUGCAGUGCACUGCACGUUUGGAGAGCCAUGGACACGGGGGUUCUGAAGGAACAGCUCAAAGAACAGCCGCAGUAAACCAGUGUGUGGAUGAAUGAAUGUGUGUACAAUUGAAGUGAAACGGUUCGGAAAAGAAGGCAAAUACAUAGACAAGCUUUUCACUUUAAAAUGCUUGGACACACAACUUAGACCAAGUAA